GUUUAGGUGUGAAAUAAAGAGAAAUUUCUACAGCCUCUAAAAACAAAGAAUUGCAAUAUCGUGGAAUGCAAGACGACCAAGAAAUUUAUAUACAAAUUUACAAUAAACCACGUCCGACAGUAAGCUAAGGCGCAUAGAGACCCAAAAAAUGUCGGUCUUUCUUCUCAGUUCGUCCUCCUCAUGUGCUCUGGUGCGUGACUUCCACUUCUCCCAAUGGAAAUUGAAGGAGCCAUUGACAAACCCUUUGACGUUAUCGAAAGAAAGGAGAAGCAGCAGCAGCAGCGGCGGCAGCUGCGUACGUUUAGCGAAUUAUCACAGGAAAGGCAAAAUUGGGGUGAAAGCGUUUUUCUUCAAUCCCAUCGAUGAACCCAUUCUCAAAGAAGCUCUAAAGGAGCCAGUUGCUUUCAUGGGUGGAAUGUUUGCGGGUCUUUUAAGGCUUGAUUUGAAAGAAGAGCCACUCAAGGAAUGGAUUGAGAGGACUGUGGAAGCCUCUGGAGUUACUGAGGAAGAAAUUGAUGCUGAAGGGUCAAAACCAGAAGAAGUCCCACAACAAAUUGAAAUUGAAUGACAUAAUUACCUUGGUUUUUACCGCAUACCAGACACACUUGUUGAUUAUACUCGCUAUUUAACUACAAUACAACAUUAGUCAUUCGAAUCUGUCUUUGUAUGAUAAUAAUCUGAGAUGUCUGGCUUUGAAGUCCAUUCACCCUUCUCUUUCCCUCGGUUCUGUAUUCCCAAUUAAAAUUAGCUGAGGAAUAUAUAAAGGAAAUAUCUUCACAGUAUUAUUGCCCCCAUCACUAUAUUUCUUCUCAGUUCAAAUCCAUGUUUGUUGCUGUUAUCGGCUUCGUCGCUACUGCCAUUGCUCAGCCUGACUCCGUGACAACCAUGCUAAGAGAUAAAUGGGCAACAAUGAAAGUUUCCAAUUAUGAGUAAGAUGUGUUCUGCACACUAUACUUUUAUCUCAUUAUAAUGAGGUGAUAUUUUUUU